UACUGUAGGCUUGAGAGAUAGUGGCUUUAAAGCUGAUUGCCAUCAGCUAACCAUGCUCUUUUACACUUCUUUCAACAUUUUGUAUUUGGGGGUAACUUUUCUCUGCAUUUUCCUGAAGCACGGAUCCUUCUCUAAUUUAGAAAGUUAUUCAGUGCAUUUGUACUGUCUUUCCCCAUUAAGGCAUGUUAUGCUUUUUAAAAAAUAUACAUGUAAAUAUGAAAUUAAAUACAGGUUAAUGUGAAGCUUUUAAUCCCACGAAACGAAUGCAUCCAGGAAGGAUUCAUUGCUACAUAUUCUAUAUUUGGUGUUCAUUGCAUCUCAGUCACUAGGUAUACAUUCAGUAAGAGAAGUUUGAAUUUGUAUCUUGUGAUUUUUCAGGGGAAUACAUUUUUUAAAUAAAUUUAGAAUUAGCCUUAUUUACUUUAUGAAUUUGAUUUUCAUCAUUAAAAGGUUUUAUUUUUUUCAUGCAUGACAGCAAUUCCUAAUUUAUUUUUAUAAAAUCCUAGUAGCUUUCCCUCAAAUUAUUAACUAGGAAAUUUUAAUUUAAGUUUUAUUUCAUUCAUUUUUGAUUUAUAAGCUGCAUGCAUAGCUAUGCAGAGAGAAAGGUAGUGUAUAUGUAUGUGCACAUUUGUUUUGUGGUUAUACAAUAAUUUUAAAUUUUGCUUUUAACCAAUAUCCUUAGGGUGCCAUUUCAGCUGAUAAGUGAGAAGGCAUUAUGUUGAGGAAAACAUUUUCUUCAGUCUUUUACUUUUCCUUUGUACGUAUUCACUACUCACAAAUGAGAAGUCUCCUUUUGCGCUUCCUACAAGAGUGAGUGGGGCAGCAUUUCCUUCUCCCACUGCUGCUGAGAUGGCGGAAAUUAGUCGAAUUCAGUAUGAAAUGGAAUACACCGAAGGUAUUAGUCAGCAAAUGAGGGUCCCGGAGAAAUUAAAGGUAGCACCACCAAAUGCUGACCUGGAACAAGGAUUCCAAGAAGGAGUUCCAAACGCUAGUGUCAUUAUGCAGGUUCCAGAGAGGAUUGUUGUAGCAGGAAAUAAUGAAGACAUUCCAUUUUCAAGACCAGCAGAUCUUGACCUUAUUCAGUCAACUCCCUUUAAACCUCUGGCACUAAAAACACCACCUCGUGUACUUACACUAAGUGAAAGACCACUAGAUUUUCUGGAUUUAGAAAGACCUCCUCCAACCCCUCAAAAUGAAGAAAUCCGUGCAGUUGGCAGGCUAAAAAGAGAGCGCUCUAUGAGUGAAAAUGCUGUUCGCCAAAACGGACAGCUGGUCAGAGCUGACUCCAUGUGGCACAGAUCAGAUUCUGCCCCAAGAAAUAAAAUUUCAAGGUUCCAGGCACCGAUUUCUGCACCGGAGUACACAGGUUGGAGCCUCACCAAAGAGGUUAUACCCUCACAGUUUGAGAAACAUUGUUCCUGUGAAAACCCUUGGGGAAAGAGUGUGACACCGUCGCCACAACAGAUUCGGGUCUGUCCUCCCCCAGUGUUACCUGAAGAUGGAGCUAAUCUUUCCUCUGCUCGAGGCAUUUUGUCGCUUAUCCAGUCUUCCACCCGUAGGGCUUACCAGCAGAUCUUGGAUGUGCUGGAUGAAAAUCGCAGUGUGAGAAGACAAAAUGAAAUACGUUGUGAAAGACCUGUGUUGCGUGGUGGGUCUGCUGCCGCCACUUCUAAUCCUCAUCAUGACAACGUCAGGCAUGGCAUGUCACAUAUAGAUACAACAAUUGAAGGAACUUCAGACGACAUGACUGUUGUAGAUGCAGCUUCGUUAAGACGACAGAUAAUCAAACUAAAUAGACGUCUACAACUUCUAGAAGAGGAGAACAAAGAGCGUGCUAAAAGAGAAAUGGUCAUGUAUUCAAUUACUGUAGCGUUCUGGCUGCUUAAUAGCUGGCUCUGGUUUCGCCGCUAGAGGUAACCUCAGCUCUCAAAAAUAUUGUCUCAACAGCUGGAAAUAUAAAGAAUUUGCAAACUUCUUUGUUUCUGUCUUUGCAUUGUAUGCCGUUUUAUAGUCCAUGCACUGAACAUGUAUUUCUUCCAGAAAGGAGGGGGGAAGGACUGAUAUUUGCAGAAGUGAAGGUAUAUUUCUCUCACUCAGCUGUAGUCCCUUUUACGCAGAUCUGCAGUAACAAACACCUUAAAAUUCUCCCUUUGCAUGUUUUGUAAAUAGGCUCUUGUUUGUUUUUUUAAAGGAAUUUUUGCCUCAUCAGCUCACACAAUUAAUUCUCUGAAUGGGAGAGAGAGUGCAUAGGAAAUGGAUUUAGAGAAGUAUCUGUAGAAGAAAAAUAGUACUUUAUUUUGUCCUGUUUCUCAAACACUGUUAGACUGAACAGUUUUGUUAAUAGACACUUUUGCACCCACGUUUCAACAUUAACACUUCUGAAGUCAUGGUCUGGUGUUAGAUUUGAUAAAGUCAAGGCACUUCAUGUUUUCCAGUCACCUCCAUUACAGUAAUUCCUAACAUUUCCAGCAGUUUAUCUAACAUGUGUGUAAAAUGUGUGUUCUUAUUUUUAUUUUAGUUUUGCAGAUGGUUUUCUAUAAAGUAUGUUUUUACUAAGUCCCUGUGUGAAUGAUUUAAAAAACUACAGAAUAAGGUACAAAUGUAGUAUAUUUAAUAAACUGUCAACUAAA